UGGCCUUGUCCCAGGCACAGAAUAUUCUUUGGCUCAGGUGCAUCGUGUUGAUCGACCCGACGUUGCAUAUGGGAGAAUUAGGGGGGUUCAAAAUUGAAAGCUUUUGAACUGUAUUGUUUACGUUCGUUAUUAGAGCGACGAAUUACUUGGAUUUGUUCAUUAGCUUAAGCUUCAUGAACGGACAAGUUUUUAAAAAUUUAUUUUACUGUGAUUCUCAUUAAGUAGCAUUUUAAAUUGUUAAUUAUUUGAUAAAAGAGUGCUUAACUAGGUUUUUGAUUUUAAACAAUGGCUCCAAAAAACAAGAAGAGGAAUGGUUUCUACUUCUUUAUGAAAGAAAUGCAGCAAAGAGAAGCUGCUAAAGGUUACAACAUUUCAAUGAAGAAUUUACCUGACAUAGCUCAUCCGUUGUGGACACAACUUUCACUUAAAGAAAGAGAACCAUAUGAAGAGUUAGCUCGGCAACGUAGAAAUGAUCCAAAUCUGCGAGGAGCAAAAUUGGCAUCGGACGGAACCAGAGUAGAAGAUAAUUUAAGAGAAAUAGAAGAGGAGGAACGAAGAAUAAAUCAGAUGAAACAAGAUGUCAAAAGAUUUUGUAAUGCUAAUUGUUUAUCAGAAGAUGCAUUCAAAGAGGUUAUGCCCAAAAAAUUAAUUCAUUUUCUGUCUUUCAAUAUCCUUUGCCAUACUGAUGAAGAUGUUUACAUUCCAAUUGAAGUUGGAUUAGUGGAAUACUCAAUUGAGCAUGGAAUAAUGACGGAAUACCAUAAAUUGCUAAACCCUGGUGGCAUUCCUCAUGGCUAUACUGGAAUUGCUAAGCGACUCAGUGAAGACAAGCAUCAGAUAGACAUAUUCAGCUCUAAAGACCGUGAAAGGAACAUGAGAACUGUGUAUAGGGAUAUAAAAAAAUUCACUAGUUCCUCUGAUUGUGAUGAUUUUAUACCAGUAUUUUGUUUAGACACUGAUGUUGAAAUGGUAAUGGGAUGCUUGGAUUGGCUUUCAAGGUGUACAGGUGAAGAAAAUUUCUUUGUUGUUUGGAAUGCUGCUUAUUUGCUGAUGGAGAUGAGGGCUGGUGUUGGGCAUCCUUUCCCUUCUUAUACAAGUGCAUGCGACUUGCUUCAUAAAAAUAGUUUUGAUUUUCAUCCUUGUGCAAGAUGUUAUUAUCAUGAGGACAUAGACGUGAGUUACUGUGCUAUGGCAUACUCGAAGCGCUUGUGCUAUUUGUUUUCAGACGCAGUAUGUCAUUUGUUUGACAUUGAACUUACGCCUAAGCACAUACCAGCUCGUUCUGUUGAAGACAAAGACUAUGUGAUUAGUUCUACUGCUGAUUCUGACCGCUUUUCACGAUCUCGUUCCAGUAUCACGUAUAAUGAACAUUUGGAUCAACGUAAUGCAUAUUAUGAAAAUGAUGAAGGUGAAGAUGAGGAAGAGGAGCAAAACAUUGUAUCUUUAAUUCCACCUCUAAGACCUGUGGAACCUGUGCAGAAUACUUUUGCUGCUGCUCCGAGACAGCCUGCUUCUAGUUGUCUAGCUGAAGAAAUGGCCCGCUUAGGUUUAAAAAAUACAAUUGCCACAGUACCUGGCCAUGGCAUUGGAAGAGGCCAAAGAAGAUAAUUUUGAGUCAGAAUGUUCUUUUCAGACAAUUAUAUUGUUUAUCCUAUACAAAUGAUCUUUAUUAAAAGAUCCCAUGUAUCAAAUAUGAUGUCACAUUAUAUUUGUAAAUUGCCA